GUGGCUGGGUAUGCUGUGCAAGCGCCAGAACCGCAAGUGAAAGGGAAAGAAACUCCAAGACUGAGUGGGAAGGAAACACUGAGGGGAGACUCAGAAAUACUGGGAAAGAAAGUCAAUGAGGAUCCAACCAGCAGAGGCAGAAGUGAAAAUCAGAGUAUGAUUUGAAACAGUCAACAUGGACUUUUCACGUCUACACACGUACACUCCUCCCCAAUGUCUGCCAGAGAACACUGGCUAUACAUAUGCACUCAGUUCAAGUUAUUCUUCAUCUGCUUUGGAUUUUGAGACUGAAAACAAAAUAGAUCCAGUAUUUGAUUCACCAAGAAUGUCACGGCGUAGUUUACGGUUAGCUGCUGCAGGAUUUAAUAAAUCCGAUGAUGCACGAAAUGAUAUCCUUCAUGACAGCUCUUAUGCCGGGAACAUGUCCUUCAGAGAACAGGCUUCUAAGAUGGUGAAGCAGCGCAAAAGUAUGAAUAAACAAUCUGGCAGUGUAAGACACACACCAAGGAAAAACCUAUCCAGCUCUUCCAUUUUUAGCCAGAGCAGUUUCAAUAGCCAUGCCAGUGACACAUCAAUGGUAUCCACUGUAUUGGAUGAAUCUUUGAUUCGAGAGCAGACAGAAGUUGAUCAUUUCUGGGGUCUUGAUGAUGAAGGCGACCCUAAAGGUAGUGAUGCUACACUGAUGCAGGGAAAUGGUGACAUAGCAGCAGAAACGCAGACCACAAUGAUCAAUGGCUACACUUGCAGUGACUGCAGCAUGCUUUCUGAACGGAAGGAGGUUCUUACAGCAUACUCAGCUUCUCAUGUGCCAUCUUCCAGAAUUUACUCUAGGGAUAGGAGUCAGAAACAUGCAUCUAGAGGAACCUAUUUCUACAUGAGUAAGAUUCUGCGAUUGGUCAGACAUGCUGCAGCAUCUUUUGCAUCACUAUUAGUGCAACUGUUUCAAAUGGUUUUGCUGAAGCUGGGUUAUGAAUUUAAAGCUCACUCAGACUACUGUGGAAGCAUGAAUGUAAAGGAGUUUUACAGAGAAGAUAGCUGUCUUGGUGUAAAUGAGGAAUCAAUAUGUGAUGACUGUAAGGGGAAGAAACAUCUUGAAAUAUACACCACAGACCACAUGCAAUCCUCAUGGGCUAAAAGGGUAGCAAGGACCAUUUGGCACACCUUUUCUUAUGCAGGUUACUUUAUGCUUCACUUGUUGCGAACAGUGGGAGCAACAGGAUGGCUUGUGUCUCAGAAGGUGGUGUCUCUACUUUGGCUGGCCAUUCUUUCUCCAGGGAGGGCAGCUUCUGGCAUGUUCAGGUUGCUUAGAACUGGGUGGUAUCAACUUGUUACUCUGAUGUCUUUUCUCAAGGUGUUUCUUCUUAGAAGAUGCCUUCCAAAGAUCUACAAGCUAUUACUGUUUCUUAUCCCACUCCUGUUUCUACUAGGUAUAUGGUUCUGGGGGUUUGAUGGCUUCAUUUCAUUAUUGCCUUCAUUGAACUGGACAAGAAUUGAUAGAAUACAGAGAAUAGAUGACUCUAUUAAUGUUCCUGAACCACAGGCUGAUUCUUUUCACUCUGUGCAACCUCCAAAGGAUACCGUAAAUAUCUUUGAUUCUGGUCGUAUAAGUGAGCUGGAAAAGCAAAUGGCCUUCGUGUCUGACAGAUGCCAUCACCAUGAUGAAGAAUAUAGCAAAGUGAUGCUUCUACUCCAUAAUCUUCAAGACCAGGUUGCCCAGAUGAGUGACAAAAGUGAAACAUUGAAGCUAAUAAAAAAUGUGAUGGGUCAACAUCUUAAAGAUAUGAAACUGGAGGAGAAGACUGACUUCCUGGCUUUACAUGAAGAACAUGAGUUGCGCAUCCGGAUGCUGGAAGACCUUCUUGGAAAACUCUCUGCUGAAUCCAAGGACAUCCAGAAGGAGCUUGACAUAGCCAAAGCAAAAACAGUGAGAGAUGAUGGUGAACAUAGUCAACUUUUGUCCAAAGUUAAAAAGCUAGAACUAGAGUUGUCCCAGAUGAAAUCGGAGCUGUUAACUGGGGAAAGUGUGAAGACGAGUUGCGAGAAAAUAGAUGUCAUUCAUGAAAAAGUAGAUGCCCAGGUCAAAGAAUCUGUCAAGCUAAUGCUUUUUGGUGAUCAACAAGAAGACUUUCCCGAAUCGCUUCUUCAAUGGCUUACAUCCAAUUUUGUGAGCAAAAGUGAUCUGCAGACUUUGUUGCGGGAUCUAGAAUUGCAGAUCCUCAAGAAUAUUACUCUCCAUAUGUCUGUCACAAACCAAAAACUAACAUCUGAAGUAGUAACAAAUGCUGUGACUAAUGCAGGGAUUUCUGGAAUCACAGAAGCGCAAGCACAGAUUAUUGUAAACAAUGCACUGAAACUCUACUCUCAAGACAAGACUGGUAUGGUGGAUUUUGCCUUGGAAUCUGGAGGUGGCAGCAUUCUGAGUACUCGCUGUUCUGAAACAUAUGAAACCAAAACAGCAUUAAUUAGCCUCUUUGGAAUUCCUCUGUGGUACUUCUCUCAAUCUCCCAGAGUGGUGAUUCAGCCGGACAUGUAUCCAGGAAACUGCUGGGCUUUCAAAGGAUCACAGGGGUAUCUUGUAGUUAGACUUUCAAUGAAGAUCUAUCCAACUGCCUUUACGGUGGAACACAUACCAAAAACACUUUCACCAACAGGAAAUAUCACCAGUGCUCCUCGGAACUUUUCAGUAUAUGGUCUAGAUGACGAAUAUCAAGAAGAAGGCAAGCUUCUAGGACAGUAUGUCUAUGAUCAAGGAGGAGAACCACUGCAGAUGUUUCCAGUGAUGGAGAAAAGUGAAAACGCAUUCCAAAUAGUGGAACUGAGAAUUUUUUCUAAUUGGGGACAUGCAGAAUAUACAUGCCUUUAUCGGUUCAGAGUGCAUGGGAAACCUGCCGAAUAAUCUCCUACACUACAGCUUGGGUUGUUUUUGUUGUUGUACAUUUUGUUCUCAAUUUGUAUAUACCGGGAAGCCUAGAACACUGGAAUCUUUAAAGGACGAGGAUGCAAGAUGUAUACUGCAGAACUAUUGAUCCUCUGAUAAAGGCAGAAGACUGUCAGCAGAACUGUAUAAAAAAUAAUUUUUAUUUGCUCUAAUGCUCAGCUUGUAAUUGCCAGUUAGCUUUAUAUUUUUGUGUCCAUGCUGAGAGAAAUAAUGCAUGCAAACUACUCUGGCUCAUAAAGCCCAGUUGGCAAACAGGUGACACCUAUUUUAUUACAAAUGAAUGUAUAGGGUUUUUUAAAAGAAUAAACCACACUUUCUGCAACUAGGAACUUGUUUUUUUUAAAUCCAGGACUUAACUGCAUACUUCUGUUAGCUUGGCACCGUAAGCCAAAAAACUGUGGUACAUUUUAAACACUGACUGUGGCUACAGGUGUCCUUCAGUUGGCCCUUGGUUUUGACCUUUUUGGUGGAUCCAAAAGGGCUUCUUCGAUACAUGUUGAAUAUAAUAAAUACUACUGUCAGGGAAAGGUGACACAACCAAAAUAGUUUCAACACCAGCGACUGAGAAUGCUUUACUGUAAUUUGUGGCCAUGAAUUGCUCGAAGUCAGGGAUAACUUCAGUUACUUAAAGUUAUUUUAAGGGUUUUUACCAUAGCAACUUGGCCAGUUUGUUCUUCUUUAGUGUUAAUUCCAGAUCGACCUUGAUGUACUGACUAACUGGAUCGGAACCGAUAAGCCUGCUAAAUUGCUUAGUAAGCAUUAGUAUACAGCAAUUAAACAGUUUGUCAGAAGCGAUCUCUUUGGGACAGUAAUUCCGUAGGCUGGUUCAUUGUUACACUCGGUAAAUGUUGUACUGUGAGAACGCAGAAUGUGGGAAACAAGACUGAAGUAAACCUCGCUGCUUCACAUUUACGGGAGGGACUUGUGCUCGGUACUGCCCUACUGACAUACACGGGCGUUCCGUCGAUCACCCCCAGAAACCUUAGUCGGGUAUAAGAAGAGUAGGGUGAGGUCUUGCUCUCAAAAGCAACAUUUCCAUGUGGAAUGAGAUGAAACUGCUUAUUGCCCCCCUUAGGAUUGCUACUUCGAAGAUCCUUUUCAGAAAAUGUACUUGUAUGCAGAGUUUUUAUCUUGCUGUUAUAACGCAUUUUGUAGUUACACAUGAACUGUUACCACAUGGAACUGCUGACUGGUUUUCUGACUAGAGUUACGUAUGUUGCACAACAGUCCUCGAAUGUUUAAAAACACAAAGUCUCUACGUGAAGAACUCCUUUUCACUUGAGCUAGAGACAGAACCUAUGGCCUACGCAGAGGAGCUAGAUUACAUGUGUACAGGUGUUUUCAUAUGAUAGGUUACGUAUUUAAAAUUAGAGUUAUCCUGUAUAAAUUGAAAUUAGGUAGCCGGGGUGGGAAUAUUUUGAAUAACACUAACUUAUUUUUAAAAAAGCAAGAUAGGACUUUGUGCAAUGUAUUUUUGUAAAUGCUUUUCAAAAUGUCUGUUAUUCUUUGCUGCCUCCAAACUGACAAGAUGCUAUUGAGAUGUUUAAAUAAAGAGUUUUAAUUUUUGAAAGUGCAUGUAAUAUUUGAAACAAGAAAUAAAGCUUCUUUUCUGUA